CAUUACCUCAUUAAUAUGGUGAAUAUUAAUAUUCUGAGUUUGAAUUUUAAUCUCCAAAACUACAUAGUGCCCCUUUAAACUAGACACAAGACAGAUGUAAAGAUUAAAAUAUCGCUCAACUCUGGCAUCAUUCUACAUCAUUCGACUCUUAUCUCUUUAUGUAUUAAACAAAUAACACAGUAGCAGCAGCUCUGAUGGUGAUCUGCCGUCCUGCCCACAGACGGUGUAACGGGGGUGAGUCGUGACAUCAGCGGGGUGAUGAUGAGCGAAGAGCCGCCGGAAGCAGCAGGUUGGUGGAGGAGGACCACAGAGAGAGGGGAGCGCGGAGGACGAAGAGAUUACCCCCCUGGCUUUAUGUAAGCAACCCCUGCUCUAUCUUUUCAAAAAAAAAAAAAAAAAAAAAAAAAGUUGGACAAAACAUGGCUCUGACCCAAGAGGCUCUCCUUUCUUUCCUGCUGGAGCGCGGAGGCAGAGUGAAGAACUCGGAGCUGCUCCACAAUUUCAGGAGUCAGAUCAGCUGCAGCGAUCCCGCGGAAAAGCAGCACAAUAGGGACCUUUUCAAGAAGUUGGUGAACAGCGUCGCCGUGGUCAAACAGGUCGACGGGGUGAAGUUCGUGGUGGUGAAGAAACGGUACCAGGAUUUCGUCAGGGAGGUGGAGCACGAUGCCGAUGCCGCCGCGCGCACGCAGCCGACGGGCGAGGACAGCUUCUCGAGCCGCAACACGAGCUUCUCCUACGCGUCUCCUCCUCGCCGAGCCCCGUCGGCCGGGACGAUCUACGCCGACAUCGAGAACAACAAUGUGCGCUUCCCCUCGGACGCACACGAGAGGCGUUACGGCGAUGCCAGAGGGAGUGUGCGGGACAUUGGCGGCGCGGAUACAACCACCGUCAAAGUCCUGAAUAUCUCCGCGGAUCAGCCGAGCAGAGCGGGGAAAUCAGGAGCCGUGUUCGCGGUCAUAGCGGUGAAAUCCCCACCGAGAGCACCGGGGACGCAGGCUGGGUUACACUCCCAAGUGCAUCACAGUGAACCUGCAGACAGACCGGUCACCAAGGUGUCCGCAACAUCAGUGCCAAAUCUGAACUUCCCAGCCUGCAGGAAGGUUGCACUGAGUGGCCCCCAAUGUGGGAAAAACAGACAGGCAGAGGAGCCCCCCCAGGUGAGGCCCCCCAGCAAGACCACAAGACAGGGAGAUGAUGCCAAGUACUCAGAGUCUGUGCCUCUCGAGCCAGCGGCCCAUGAGUGGUUGGUGAAGUGUGCUGCAGGACUGUGGGGGCAGAUCUACGGCCUGCUGCUGCAGGACACACGCUUGGCACACAAGAAGGACUUCAUGUCAGGCUUCACAGCCCUGCACUGGGCCGCCAAGGACGGCAACAGCGAGAUGAUACGCAAGCUCAUGGACGUGUCCAGGAAGAGGGGCACUUGUGUCAACGUCAACAGCAAAGCGCACGGUGGAUACACACCUCUACACAUCGCAGCCAUACACGGCCACACGGAGGUGAUGGUGCUGCUGGUGCAGAAGUAUGGAGCCAACGUGAACGAGAGAGAUAACGAUGGGAAGAAGGCCUCCCACUACCUGGGCAAAGGCGUGCCAGGUGAGGUCAGAGGACUUCUGGGGGGACCGCAGCAGAGCAAGACAGAGGACGAGGAGUACAGGGAGCAGUCCAGAGGAUUCAGCACCAUCAGCAAGCUGUUCCAGCCUCACACAGGGAAGAAACAAAAGACAGCAAAGUUUUCUCAUGACUGGUGAGGACGACAGAAGCUGUGAGAUGGACAGGACAGAGGUCAGAGACAUGGUACUGGAGGGUGGCAAGUUUAUCAAAAGUCCACGUCUGGAUUUGACCUUCAAGUUUAAGGUCACGGUUUGAUGUGCAAAAAGUUGUAUCGCUGACGGCUGUGCUGCUGUUAGACACAUGGUUUUGUAUAGAUCGACAUAUCUGUGGCGUUGUGCUCCGACAACUGUCAUUUACAUACUGAAAAUCUUCUUCAACUGAACAGGGACAUUUGACAAGUUUGACUUUAUGAUGGAGGCUCCUGCAGGCAAGAUCAAAAAAUAUUUAACAAAAAUCAAGAUUUAAACGAACGGCCUUUUGAAUUCGAUGAUCGAAUUUGAAAGCUCAUUUAAAUCGAUUUUUUGAUUUAGAAAUUGACACCCUGACACCCCUAGAUAUCAUGUCUCUGUUUGUAUAUCAUGAUGUAUAUAUAUAAACACGACUUGUUGAUUCUCCCUCAGAUCACUUUAAGUGUAUUACAGAUGUACAGUCUCUCAGUACUUACUACUUGUACAGUGUAUCACUGUUGGUUAUGCUAUUUAUGAAUAGUAUUUAUAAUUGAAUCAUCUUUAAGUAGUAGAACUACAUGUAUUAGCACUUAAUUAACCCAUUUAAUGUAUUUAUCCUACUAAUAACAAAAUCAGAGAGCGAGUCACAUGUAUUUCCAUCACCUGAUGUGUAAUAAACAUUCAG